AAGACGAACUCGUAAAGCAAAAUUAAGAUUAGCAGGAAUACGAUAAAUAAUUUUAAAUGCAGUAUUAACGUCAACCUUAUGCUCACUAACUACAAGGUGGGCUAAAAUAGAGCUACGAAUAGAUCUUAUUUGUCCCUUGCUUAACCAUGUUGGAUGAUGUUCGGAAAUACGAUGAUGAACCUGCCUAAUUGUUCGCCCGUUUUGUUUAUUAUACAUGUUGAUACCUGUUUCAUGACUCAUAUGAUUAGACAAAGUUUUGAAAAAAACAAGAUAUAUUCGUUUUAUAUAGAAACCUCUGUUAUGUUCAUUUCGAUUAAUUUCCCUGAAGAAGUUGGGACCGAAUUGCCGAACACAAGAAACGUUGGAAUUAUUCAUUUCAAUUUCGCUGAGAUUUUACAAAUGUCUACUUCGACAACACAAUAAAAAAGACGUAGUUUAUCUGAAACGUGUAAUGUAUUGGCGCAACACAUAGAUAAGACUACAGCAGAAGAGGUCCGAGCACAAUGUGCAUUAACCCUAAAAAAUCAAAAGAAAACAAAAUCAAACUUAACCAAAUCGGAAAGGGAAGCUUUAAUUUGUCUUAAACAGGAUAAAAACAUUGUCAUCGCAAAAGCUGACAAAGGAAACGCCACCGUAGUUUUAGAUAAAUCUGACUACAUCAAAAAAGUUACUGAACAUAUUCAAACGGGUCCAUAUGAGGAAAUUAAGAAGCCUGUAGAUACAAUAAUGAAUAAGGUUAAGAAAUCUACAGCGGAACUAAUACGCAGAAUGAAGCCAUCACUGGGUGAGUCUAAAUGGUUUAAUUUAAUGCCUAAAACUAAUAAUGCUAGUAGAAUAUAUGGUACUAUAAAAAUACAUAAGCCAGGUAACCCCAUAAGACCAAUAGUAGAUUUUAGAAACACCCCCACGUUUGAAUUAUCAAAACACUUAGCUCUAAUACUAUGCCCCAUUAGAAAUCGUUCAAACUCUAGAUUAACUAAUUCAUAUGAGAUGAAAAAUAAACUAAAUGACAUUCAACUAGCGAAUGAUGAAACAAUGGUUAGUUUUGAUAUAACUGGUCUUUAUACUAAUAUACCAGUUAAUAUGGCCUUAGAAGCAGUUAAAAAAGAAUUAACUGCGGAUCCGGAACUCAGUCAUAGGACAAAGCUGUCCAUUGAAAAAAUUAUUUUAGGGAUUCAGUUAUGCCUCACAUCUACUAUCUUUAAGUUCCAAGGCAAAAUAUAUAGACAAACAGAAGGUGUAGCAAUGGGAUCACCAAUAUCCCCUAUCGUAGCAGACAUAUUUAUGGACAGCUGGGAAAAUAGUGCCCUCAAUACAUUUAACCCUACUCCGAAAAUAUGGUGGAGAUAUGUGGAUGACACUUUCACAGUGUUAAAAACAGAACACAUCUCUAGCUUCUUGACACACGUAAACUCACAAGUUGAGGGAAUAAAAUUCACAUUUGAAUCAGAAAAUGAACAAAGAGAAUUAGCUAUGUUAGAUUGUAAGAUAAAAAGAAUAGAAGAAGGCAAACUACACACUAGUGUUUAUAGAAAACCAACGCAUUCUAAUAGAUAUUUAGACUUUAAUUCGUCUCAUCCUUUAACUGUUAAGGCAGGCUUAGUUAAAUGUUUAACAAACCGAGCAGUGGCACUAAGUAGCACAAAAAACGAUCUAAAUGAUGAAUUAAAACAGAUAGAAGAAGCGUUGGUGUUGAAUAACUAUCCUAUAAAAUUCAUUAGGAAGAUCACUAAAGGCCAAAAACAAAAUAAAAAUAAUUGUGAAACUAGUAGUAAUAACAUAAAUAAGAAAGAAUAUAAGUCAUCCACAGUUAUACCAUAUAAAGAGGGGACAUCUGAGACAUUACGUAGGAUUCUGAAUAAAAUAGGAAUUAGGGUGGCAUUUAAACCUACAAACUCACUCAGGGACAAGCUCUGUAGGUUAAAGGACCCAGUUGACCCAAUUAGACAAAAUAAUAUUAUUUACAAAAUACCAUGCAAUGACUGUGAGGUCAACUACAUAGGUCAAACUAGUAGGUCAGGGGUAGUCAGAUUGUCAGAGCAUAAAAAUUUAGCUAGGGUAAGAAUGGUUGACCCCGAGAAAAUAAAUAAUUUAGAAAAAAGCUCAGCAAUUGCAAUGCAUGCGCUAACACACAACCACACAAUAGGGUGGGAGAGGGUUAAAAUUCUAAAAAGUAAUCUAGGUAGGUGGAGAGAGAGGUUGAUUACUGAGUCCUUGUUCAUCGAGUCUACACCCAACACAUGCAAUAGGAAUGACUCGUCACUCAUACCUGAAAUAUGGAAAAUACUAUUACCAAUCAAAUCAAGUGAAAAUCAAGAGAAAAACAAUGGAACUAUAUAAAUGAAUUUAGGAAGUCGUGUGAUUACCUUGAUAUGAUUAUGAGCAAUAAAUUGUGCUCGAAACGUCAUCAGUAAACAUUACUGUAUAACACUGUGAGACUUUAUCAAAACAAAAUUUACCCAUAAUGGAAUUUGGACAAUGACAAUUUGUAACUAAAGUUGAAGUGGUCAUAAGAAUAAAAUAAUUUUUACAAGGAUAACACGUAAUUAAAGAUGAAGUAGUCAGAAAAAUAAAAUAAUUUGGACAAUUAUAGUUUUUUAAGAAGAAAAUUAUUUUAGGGGAAGGGGGAUGAAGUAGUCCGGUUUAUACAAUCAUGUAACGAUGACCAAUGUAAGGAAAGUGGCUGUACAAAUUUCUUCUGAACACAUAGGCUUGGCUUCUUCAGGUGAAUUCCUAUUGCUUCAGCUGUAUGUAGAAGACGAACUCGUAAAGCAAAAUUAAGAUUAGCAGGAAUACGAUAAAUAAUUUUAAAUGCAGUAUUAACGUCAACCUUAUGCUCACUAACUACAAGGUGGGCUAAAAUAGAGCUACGAAUAGAUCUUAUUUGUCCCUUGCUUAACCAUGUUGGAUGAUGUUCGGAAAUACGAUGAUGAACCUGCCUAAUUGUUCGCCCGUUUUGUUUAUUAUACAUGUUGAUACCUGUUUCAUGACUCAUAUGAUUAGACAAAGUUUUGAAAAAAACAAGAUAUAUUCGUUUUAUAUAGAAACCUCUGUUAUGUUCAUUUCGAUUAAUUUCCCUGAAGAAGUUGGGACCGAAUUGCCGAACACAAGAAACGUUGGAAUUAUUCAUUUCAAUUUCGCUGAGAUUUUACAAAUGUCUACUUCGACAACACAAUAAAAAAGACGUAGUUUAUCUGAAACGUGUAAUGUAUUGGCGGAACACAUUUCGAACAUUCUGAUCACACACAAUUUUUGUAGAAGGCUAGGAGGCAUGAAUCAUUACAAU